AUGGUGUUGUAUGGUGGUUUAGCGGUGCCGACAACCGGAACUUCGACAAUGCAUGCUACGUCACCCACGAAGGCUGGUGAGUCUCAUACGAUCACUUAUUUUCCUAAUAUCCGUUUUAUUUAUAUUCUGAUGGUGUUACCAUCGCGGUCUUUCUUGUUGCCGAUUUAACUUGUCGAAUUCCUCGAAGAAUUCUGUUGUAUCUAGUACGGUGAAAAAAAAAGAAAAAAAUAAAUAAAUAAAUAAAUGAAAAUAGUAACAGGAACAUGUAUGUGAUAGAGAGAUAUUACCGAAUCGAUCUUGUUGUCGAUGAUAAAACAGUUUUGAAUCGUAGCCACCCGUUGUUGUUAUACCGUUGUUGCGUAUUAAUAUUUUCUCUCUGAACGAGCGAUGUCACGUUGCUUCGAAUUAUCCUACUUGUUACAUGUGGAGAAUUCGUAGAAAGUCUGCGAUUUAAAAUGAAUCGUCGCGGACGUCAAACGCGCACGCGACGCGACGCGACGCGACGCGAACAAAAAAGGUUCUGGUUUGGUCGAAGCAACGUUGCACGAUUCGUAUCGCCACGCGACCUCUCACUCACCCAGCUUCUCUGUUUCUGUCUGCCCCCGUCUCUCUGUCUCUCUCUGUCUCUUUAUCCCGACUCGAUCACCGUUGCCGCUGCACGCGCAACCACCCUCGUGGCGUUCGAAUCCGGCCCGUUUCCGGGCGACGUCGUGCCGACGCCGUUGGAAACCGCCACCCGACGAGGACGACGCGAAAAAAACAGUGACCCCGACAGACCCUGCGAUCAGCACGACCAGCACGGUGAUGUCGACCGGUUCGGCGCCGAUCGCCACCUCCACCCCGGUGAACUUCGCCGCGGGCCCGGUGAGCCCGCCUCCGUUGACCUUGGCCGCUGGUCCGGGCCAACCUCAUCAAGAGCAACCGGUGGUGACGACCUCAGCGGCCAAGGUCACGAGCUAUCCAGCCGUACUGAAGGGCAGGACCGCCGCCAGUCCACCGAAUCCGAAUCUGGUACCCUCCGGCAAGAUUCCACCCCCCGUCCCUCCGAGAGGCACCGGUCAAUCGAGGACCGCGAGGUCCUCCGAGGAACACCGUGGCCCUGCAACAGCCACCUCCACGUCCUCGAUGACAUCCAGCCGAGGUGACGAAGCAGCCAUAAUCACGAGAUACCGCUUGCAUGAAAGUUCGAGCAUCCUGCACCAUCUCCCCACACCCGAUUACAUUUCUACUUCUACCGUUUCUGCUGCGUCCGCCGUCACUACUACUACUACUACUACCACUACUACUACUACUACUAACUACUCUGUCGCUGCUACGUGUACUACCACCUCUUCUUUACUCUUCUCCGCUGGUACCACUACUACUACCGCCGCAAACUGCCACCCCGAUUCUAACAAUGCUAUCGACACAACCGCCACUUGUACAUCCAAUACCACCGCCGCCGCCGUCGAUACCGACGUGAUGAUGUUGCAUGCGCGAACAUCGACUCCCGCGUACUUACCCCCGCGAUACGAGAGCCUGGCGUUCUACGAACAAACGAGGGACCUGGUCGCGGCAGCCUUCGAGAGUAUCCACGAGGAACGAACAACGCCGAGGGCAACGACGCGUUGGAACAACGACCGCUGGCCGGUCGAGGAUUUCUACCAAGAGGAGGAGGAAUUCGUGAGCGUGGAGCAGGUCGACGGUUCGUACGUGAUCAGAACCAGCCCGUACCCGUUCAGGCCCGAGAGAGGGAACUUCGUGCGAACGGAGAGGAACGUCUCGGCGAAUCGCGAGGCUGCCGUAGCCAGCGAGGAGGAGGAGGAGGACGAGGAGGAAAAAGAGGAGAGAAGGAGGAGAGCCACGAGCUCGAGGGCCGAGCAGAUGGCCAAGUUCACGUACUUCUUGAACCCCGCGUCUAGACCAGAGCUAAUGAACUACAAGAUGUCGCGCAAGGACAAAAAGCACUCGGAGACGUACUACGAGCGAAUGAAGAGGAAACAGAGGGAGCUCGAGGCCUCGAUCGCCACCAUCACGACCAUCGCCCAGAGAAGCAAGGUCGAGGAAAGAUCGAUCGCUACGAUGAGCAAGCAGCAGGAGAAGCUCCCUGAGAAAAGGAUCGAAAUUCAGAGGCUGAUGGAGCGGAGAAGAGACAGCAAGUUGUUGAGGAAAAUCAGAGAGAAGUCUGCUCGGACGAAGAAGAAGCUCGCUCCCGAACUGUCGCCUCCCGGAGCGCAAGCUUUUUUCGGAACGAACGACAACUUCGAAUAUCUCGAGAGAAAGAAGAGCGUGACAGAGCCGCGUCUAGAUCCUCUGAAUCCUGGUUAUGGGAACAGCGAGCGCGACGUAAGAACAUUGGAAAGUAAAGGACAACAGAUUGUUCACAAAGGCGAUAAAAGAAAUUUCUUGGUCACGAAAGUUAACGAGAAAGUUCCGAUAAAAUUGAAGAGCAUCCAGACGGUUUAUUCGUCUGAGCAACUUCGAGAGAGAAGCGACACUAAAGUUGAUGAAAAGUUGAUGGUGUCUAAUAAAGUUAAAGUAGAUCGAGCAAGCGAUCAGAUCGGAAAUCCCAUCUCUAGAAUCGAACAACUGACCAAGAAUAAGAACGAGAAAGUCAACGUUCUGGAGUCGCCGAUCAAAUCUGAUGGAUCGAAAGGCAUUCUGAUACCCAAUAGUUCCUUCUUGCACGGCUAUCAAAGAUCUCCAAAGAGAAGGCUGUAG